AUGAUUCUACUUAGCCCUCCCAUUGGAGAAGAGAGUCCAAUCGUUGGUGCCGGUGUUCCCCAGUUUCAGCCCAUCCUUCUGAACAGUGGAUCUCGAAUCCAGCUGCUGAGCAAUGGCUCACUGCUCAUCAAACACGUGUUGGAGGACGACAACGGCUUCUACCUGUGUAAGGUCAGCAACGAUGUUGGAGCUGACGUCAGCAAGUCCAUGUACCUCACCGUCAAAAUCCCAGCCAUGAUCACCUCAUACCCCAACGCCACUCUGGCCACACAGGGGGAGGAGAAGAGGAUGAUCUGCAUUGCUCACGGAGAGAAACCCAUCAUGGUGCGCUGGGAGAAAGAGGAGCGCAUCAUCAACCCAGAGACCAGCAGAUAUGUGGUUACUGUCAAGGAAGUGGCUGAUGAAGUCAUCUCCACUCUGGUGAUCAUGCCAACUGUUCGUGAGGACUCAGGAUUCUUCUCCUGCCAUGCGAUCAACUCGUUCGGCGAGGACAGAGGCAUCAUACAGCUGACAGUGCAAGAACCACCUGAUCCUCCAGAGGUUGAGAUCCGUGAGGUCAAAGAUCGCACCAUAGCUCUUCGUUGGACCAUGGGUUUUGAUGGCAACAGUCCCAUCACAGGAUAUGACAUUGAAUGCAAGAACAAGUCAGCUUCGUGGUUAUCAGCCCAGGUAACCAAAGAUGUGUCACCUCAGCUAAACCAAGCCACUAUUAUUGACCUUCACCCCUCCUCCACGUACAACAUCCGCAUGGUUGCCAAGAACAUUAUUGGCAACAGCAAUCCGAGCAAUGAGCUCACCAUCACGACUGAUGAAGCAGCUCCUGAUGGCCCACCACAAGAUGUCACACUGGAGCCCACCUCCCCUCAGAGCAUCAAAGUUUUCUGGAGGCCUCCCCAGAAGCAUCUGCAGAACGGUGUGAUCCGCGGCUACCAGGUUGGCUACAGGGAGUACAGUCCUGGAGGGAGUCACCAGUUCACCAUAAUCAGCGUGGACACGACCGGAGACACCACGGAGAGCAUCGUGCUGGACAACCUGAAGAAGUUCACUCAGUACAGUGUGGUCGUCCAGGCUGCAAACAGAGCUGGCACAGGACCCUCCUCACAGCAGGUGGUCACCAAGACCCUGGAAGACGUGCCGUCUCGACCUCCUGAAAACGUCCUGGCUGUGGCCAAAUCUCCAGAGGUCAUUUCACUCUCCUGGGUGCCUCUGCCCAGAGAGGCUCUGAACGGAAACCUGCAGGGCUACAGGGUUAUCUACUGGGCCAACCUCCCUGACGGAGAACUGGGCGAGAUAAAAAACGUGACCACGGGACAGCCAUCUCUAGAGCUGGAGGGUCUGGAAAAAUACACCAACUACAGCAUCCAGGUGUUAGCCUUCACAAACGCUGGCGACGGGGUCCGCAGUGAACAGAUCUACGUUCGCACUAAAGAGGACGUUCCCGGCCCUCCAGCAGGAGUAAAGGCUGCUGCCUCCAGCAGCUCCGCCGUGUUUGUCUCUUGGCUGCCUCCACUUAAACUGAACGGCAUCAUCAGGAAAUACAUCGUCUUCUGUUCUAACCUGCAUCCCAUGGUGAUGAGUGAGUUUGAGGCAUCCCCAGAUGCAUAUUUUUACAGGAUCCCAAACUUGGCUCGAAACAGGCAGUACAGUGUCUGGGUGGUGGCUGUGACGGCUGCAGGUCAUGGCAACAACAGUGAGAAGAUCAUAGUUGAGCCUCUGGCCAAAGCACCAGCCAGAAUCCUGACAUUUAAUGGUACAGUCACCACUCCCUGGAUGAAGGACAUCGUUUUGCCCUGCAAAGGUGUCGGUGACCCUCCUCCCUCUAUCAAAUGGCUCAAGGGAAGCACUAAUGGGACACCUACACCUGUUGUCAUGGAUGGUCGCCGUAGUAUCCAUGGUAACGGCAGCUUCAUUAUCCGUACAGUGAAGGCAGAGGAUUCUGGGAAUUAUAGCUGUGUGGCCAGCAACAACUGGGGGUCAGACGAGAUCACACUCAACUUGCAGGUCCAAGUACCUCCUGACCAACCACGCCUUACGGUUACCAAGACGACCACCACAUCAAUCACGUUGUCAUGGAUACCUGGAGACAAUGGAGGGAGCUCCAUUAGAGGUUACAUCCUGCAGUACUCCGAAGAUAACAGUGAGCAGUGGGGGAGUUUUCCCAUCAGCCCCAGUGAGCGUUCAUACCGUCUGGAGAAUCUAAAAUGUGGCACGUGGUACAAAUUUACAUUGACAGCCCAGAAUGCAGUGGGUCCUGGACGUAUCAGUGAGAUCAUUGAAGCCAAGACUCAUGGGAAAGAACCUCAGUUUGCCAAAGACCACGAACUUUUCACCAGCAUCAACUCCACCAGGGCGAGACUCAACCUAGCUGGCUGGAACAACGGCGGCUGUCCGAUCACCACCUUCAUUCUGGAGUAUCGAGCUGUGGACUCCCCCACCUGGACCACGGCUCAGCGCACCUCACUCACCAAGAGCUACAUUCUGUACGACCUGCUGGAGGCGACAUGGUAUGAGUUGCAGAUGAAGGUUACCAACAGUGCUGGCUCAGCAGAAAAGCGGAUCACCUUCGCCACUCUCAACUCUGAUGGAAGCACCAUCCCACCACUGCUGAAAACAGGAGACCCCAUCUCAGACAACAUGUCAGGCAGUGGUGGUCUGAAGAUGGUGGUAACUAUCACAUCCAUCCUCGUGGUGGCUGUGUUGGUUUUUAUUAUGCUAAUGGUGCUAAAAAGGAGGAGGAGGGAACAGAGGCUCAAGAGACUCCGAGAUGCCAAAAGCCUGGCAGAAAUGCUGAUGAGUAAGAACACACGGACGCCAGACACAGUGAACAAGCAGCAGCAGACUUUACGAAUGCACAUCGACAUCCCCAGAGCUCAGCUCCUCAUCGAGGAGCGGGACACCAUGGAAACAAUCGAUGACAGGUCCACUGUGUUGCUGACAGACAAUGAUUUUGGGGAGACCAAUAAGCAGAAGUCUUCCACAGUGACUCAUACUGUCCACUACCAGUCUCUGUCCCAGGCCACUGGGCCCCUGGUGGAUGUGUCCGAUGCUAGGCCUGGAACCAAUCCCACUGCCAGACGCACUGCCAAAGCUGGUCCCACUGCAGCACGGAGCCGCUACGCCAGUCAGUGGACUCUGAACCGGCCUCACCCUACCAGCUCCUCACACACUCUGACCACUGACUGGAGGCUACCAACACCACGCGCCACUGGAUCUGUAGACAAAGAGAGCGACAGCUACAGCGUCAGCCCUUCUCAGGAUACAGAUCGUGCACGGAGCAGUAUGGUAUCAACAGAGAGUGCGUCCUCCACCUACGAAGAGCUGGCCAGAGCCUACGAGCACGCCAAGAUGGAAGAGCAGCUCCGCCAUGCCAAGUUCACCAUCACGGAGUGUUUCAUCUCGGACACGUCAUCCGAACAGAUGACAGCAGGAACCAACGACUACACCGACAGCAUGACCUCCAGCACACCAUCUGAGUCUGGCAUCUGCCGCUUUACUGCUUCCCCGCCCAAACCUCAGGAUGUCAGCAGGGUCAUGAACAUGGCCGUGCCGAAGGCGCACAGACCCGGAGGAGAGCUGGUCCAUUUGCCACCCUAUCUUCGUAUGGACUUCCUUUUGAACCGGGGUGUGCCCCUGCCAGCCCGAGGAGGGGGGGUCAGUAGUAGUAGUGGCAGCAGUAGCAGUGGAGGAGGUGGAGGAGCUGCAGGAGCAAGCGGAGGUGCUGCUGGUGCUACCGGGGAAACAAGAGGAGGAGCGGGAGCAAUGGGCCAAACCUGCCUUGAACCCCAGAGGAGCCGCACCCUUAAGAGGCCUCCUCCGAUGGAGCCCACCCCCAUGGAAGUGCCCUCUCCCAGGGAGGUGCAGCAGUGGCAGCCGGGAACUGCUUCAACCCUCCCGCACAGGGAGGUCCGGGAAAGGGGAGAGGCCCGGGGGGAGGUCCGGGGAGAGGGUGCCUCCUCAGGAGAUUUAGCUCAAGCACAGGCUGCCAAGCUCAGCACCUCCCAGGAGUCUCUUCUGGACUCCAGAGGACACCUGAAACAGAGCAACAACCCUUAUGCCAAGUCGUACACUCUGGUAUAACACGGGGACACGUGGACUCUGCAGAAACAUGAGACGAGGGACAGGAGACAGACAACAGGCACAGGAGGGACAGUUUCCCACAACAGAAACUGUUGUACAUAGAGCCGUUUCUGACAUGCUACUCUUUCAGUCUGUCUUUCUUUCUUUUACUCUUUUCUUUCUGCCCUCUCCUGCUCGUCACUGUUGCUUUCACGUUUCUUUCUCUCACAUCUCACUCCUCUUCUGAAGAAUUUUCUCUCACAGUUUUUAUUUUCUACUUGAGUAUUCUUUUAUUCUAAAGUGAUUCUAAAGUGACAAAAUAAAAAGGAUUGCCAGAAUGAUUUAUUUAAAAUUUGCGAAAGAGGAAAAAAAUAUUGAAUUUAUAUCGAGGACAAUUAUAGUCAUUAUUAUUGAUAUUAUUGUAUAAAAACUGAAAAUAGAAAAAAAAAAAGAAUGAAUAAAAAUUGGACGGGGAAUGUGGAAGGACUCCUCCAGGAUCAUUGUGCAGAACAAUGUUUUCUUUAUUUAUGUUCUUUUCAGUGUUGCAGUGUAAUGAAAUUUGUAUUUGGGGGCUGAAGAGAAGAAGAAUGUGGAGAAGAGGAAAAGUGAUAAAAGACACCACCGCCUAUGCUGACCAAACCUAAUGUUUUACGAACUUUCUGACAACUGCAUGGCGACUGAACAAAUGACAAUUAUUAGGAAUGGCUGGAAAUCAACAAUGACAACAACAAAAAAAUAAUAAUUAAGGAAAAGAGAAUUUUGUCACACUGAGAAAUUAUACAUUGUGAAUAUAUAUAAAGAGAUCACUUUUAUUUGUCAAUAUUA